UCAUGAUCAUAUUAACCCGAUUUUAAUUGACCAAACUUCAUUAUUAUUAUAAAUAAAACUCUAUACGUGAAGAAAUGGAACAAAGGGUUGUUAAGAAAGAAAUAGUUAUUAACGAUGAUUGUCUUUGGAAUGGAGUUGUGAAACAAGAAUUUAUUGAAGAUAUAGAUGAAAAAUGGAAUAUAACACAUCCAAGUAAACAAGACUGGGAUAGAUGUCAAAUAGAUAAAAAAUACAUGAUUCCAGUUAAAACAGAAAAUGAUAAUAAACACAAUAAAAGAAAUAAAUCUAAAUGUUUGAAUGUUAUAUGGAAAAAAAUUACAGAAUUGUUAAUAAAUGGGAAAUGUAUUAAAAAAAUAACUGUUGCUGGGAUUAUAAUAUGUGUUUAUUGUGGAAAUUUAUACACAAAACGAGUCGAAUUUUUAUGUCAUUUUUUAAGGAAUCAUUGCAUAAAAAGAAAUGUAUUAUAUAAAACUGAAUUUAUUGAUAAAAAUCCUACUAAAGAUGAAACUAUUGAUAUUAGUAUAUUGGAAAAUGAUGUAAAAAAUGAAAUUGAAGAAGUGGAAAAUGAAUUAGAAACAGAGCUUCAAAAAGACGAUUUUGAGACACAUGCAGAUAGGGGUUUGGAAUUGUUUUCAAAGGUGAAGAGCCUUUUAAAUGUGACCUUUGUUCAAAAACUUUUCCAAUAAGAAGUAGAUUGAACAGACAUUUGGUGAGUCACAAAGAUAAAAAGCCUUUCAAGUGUGACGUUUGUUUCAUAACAUUUCCACAUAAAAAUAGUUUAAACAAACAUUUAUUUAGUCACGAAGAGGAGAAGCCUUUCAAAUGUCACAUUUGUUUGAGAUCGUUUUCACAAAAAAAUACUUUCAACAGACAUUUGUUUAGUCACACAGCGGAAAAACCUUUCCAGUGUGACAUUUGCUACAAAAAAUUUUCAAAAAAUAGUUAUUUACAUUCACAUAUGACAAUUCACACAGGGGAAAAGCCUUUUAAAUGUGGCAAUUGUUCCAAAACUUAUUCACUAAAAACUAGUUUGAAUAGACAUUUACUAAGUCACCAAGACCAAAAGCCUGUUAAACAUUUGGAAACCUUGGGGCAAUAAGGGGUCUAAGUCACAAAAUAUAUUCUAAGAAACUUAAAAAGAUUCUGGUUCGUUAGUAAACAUAACCUUGAAAGUGUAUGUAUAUACACAUUUGGUUUACUGUAUAAAAUAUAUACAGAAAUAUAUUCAGACAAAUUUUUAAACAUAGAAGAAUGAAUCGAGGUUUAUAUGAUCAAUUUUGGAACUAAGUAUCACUUUGAAUCGAUUUUUUUUAUUAUAUUUUCGGACUAGAUCAAACCGUUGUUAUGGGAAAUGUUUCAUGUAUUUUUUUUUUCUGUUUUCAAUAAACGGAAAAUCUCGAUAUUCUGAUGGUAAUAAGGAAGGAAAAAUCGAUGUUAUUGUUGAUAAAUUAUCUCGAUUUUAAGUCUCUUUUAAUUAAAAAUUCGUUUAAAAGCAUAAAUUCAUAACGUUUUAACCUACUUCAAAAUAUGACUUUUCAUAAAAACCGAAAUAGGUCGAAACGUCAAGAUUUAGUGCUUUCAAACGAAAUUUCAAUCCAAAGAGAUUUAAAAUAAAGAUAAUUUAUCAGCAAAAUGAUAUAUAAGAGGUCUAAGAAGUAAAAAGAUAAGCUGUUCAUUUAUUUGCGAAAAUUCACACAGGAAAAUGAUUCAAAUUAACAUUCAAACAGUCUCACAACAGAAAAGUCAAUGAAAUGUGAUAUUUGUACAUAAACUUAUACCUAGCAAAGUCUUGACUUUGAAUUAUCAUGGUUUUGCAUAACAAAAUAUAACUUUAUGUAAUUUUAUUAUUGAAUCUAGAAUUACAAAAAAUUCUUCAAUCAUUCCUUCCAACAUUAUUCUGUAACUUUAUAUGUAUAAGUAGUUUUUUAUUUACAAUAAAUUAAAAAAACAAAUAA